AUGGCAGAUAAAAUUCCCCAUGAGCUCGUCGGAACAUUUCUUUUGCUCCUUUUGCUGCAACCUUUUGUAGUUAAGUCUAGAAUCGUGAAAUUCGAAUCUCCGCCGGACUGGAGGAGAAGCAUCGGUAGCCCAGACGACAUCAGUCUACCAACUUUCCAUUCGGAUGGUAACCACAAACUUUACAGUCGGAGAUGGGAUCACUUCCCGCUGACCUACGGUUUCUUGUCAGGUAUUGAAAUGCCGUUUGGCGUUGAUCCUCAAGACAUAUACUUUGCCAUCGGUGAAUCAUUCAAGGAAUGGGAAGCUGCUGUCCCUAAUUUUAAUUUCCAAAGGAUUUCCCCAGGCGAGGACUCUGAUAUUAAAAUUAACUUCACUACACUAGACUACACGAAUUAUGGUUUGGGUAUAUAUCCACCUGGCGGGAUGCUUUUGCUUGAUAUUGACCACACGAAUGGUUCUGAUCCUGCGGGGGACGUCGAAGUGGACAUGCAAUCUGGAGCCCUGCAUGAAAUAGGACACACUCUCGGCCUUCAGCAUACCGACGAUCCAACUUCAGUCAUGUAUCCUAUACUCGUGGUUGGAACUAUCAAAAGGAAGCUUACCCGACAGGACAUUGACAACAUACGAGCGUUAUAUGAUUAUUCCUCCCCAACCAUUGAGUUAGCUAAAUCUAUAUAA